CAAAAAAUCUUGGCAAGCUCAUAAAAUUGUGCUGUAUUUAAAUAAAGUCUUGAAAUCCGCGACUCUUUACAAACAAGAAAUGGUUAGCUAACUAAACUGAGAAAAAACAGCAAAGAAAAUCAGAGAGAUCAAAAAAAAGAAAAAAAAGAACAGAGAUUCUUUUGAACUAACGAAGACAUAUCGUUUCUCUAAAGUAGAAUCUUUGGUAUUCGGAAAAAUGUCGUUUCUGAGUAUUGUUCGUGAUGUUAGAGAUACUGUAGGAAGCUUUUCGAGACGUAGUUUCGACGUGAGAGUAUCUAAUGGGACGACUCAUCAGAGGAGUAAAUCUCACGGUGUUGAGGCACAUAUUGAAGAUCUUAUUGUAAUCAAGAACACUCGUUGGGCUAAUUUACCGGCUGCGCUAUUACGAGAUGUGAUGAAAAAGUUGGAUGAAAGCGAGAGUACUUGGCCUGCACGUAAACAAGUCGUUGCUUGUGCUGGUGUCUGCAAGACAUGGAGACUAAUGUGCAAAGAUAUUGUGAAAAGUCCUGAGUUCUCAGGCAAACUCACAUUUCCAGUUUCGUUGAAACAGCCCGGGCCUAGGGAUGGAAUCAUACAAUGUUAUAUCAAAAGAGACAAGUCUAACAUGACUUACCACCUUUACCUUUCUCUUAGUCCUGCCAUACUUGUUGAAAGUGGGAAGUUUCUUCUCUCGGCAAAGCGCUCACGGAGAGCUACAUACACAGAGUAUGUAAUAUCAAUGGAUGCAGACAACAUUUCAAGAUCAAGCAGCACUUACAUUGGCAAACUGAAGUCUAACUUUCUAGGGACAAAAUUUAUAGUAUAUGAUACGGCUCCUGCGUACAACAGUAGCCAGAUAUUGUCCCCACCAAACCGGAGUCGUAGUUUCAACUCCAAGAAAGUGUCUCCCAAAGUCCCUUCUGGAAGUUACAACAUUGCUCAAGUUACAUACGAGCUGAACUUGCUUGGAACCCGUGGACCUCGUAGAAUGAACUGCAUUAUGCACUCUAUCCCCUCCUUAGCUCUAGAACCCGGAGGUACUGUCCCUAGCCAACCUGAGUUUCUACAACGUUCCCUUGAUGAAUCUUUCCGCAGCAUCGGUUCCUCAAAGAUAGUCAACCACUCGGGAGAUUUCACCCGACCGAAAGAGGAAGAAGGAAAGGUGCGACCUUUGGUACUGAAAACUAAACCGCCAAGGUGGCUCCAACCGUUGCGAUGUUGGUGCCUUAACUUCAAAGGGAGAGUGACUGUAGCUUCUGUCAAGAACUUCCAGUUGAUGUCCGCUGCAACGGUUCAGCCCGGUAGUGGUAGUGAUGGUGGAGCAUUGGCUACGAGGCCAUCGUUAUCACCACAGCAGCCAGAGCAAUCAAACCAUGAUAAGAUAAUACUACACUUUGGGAAAGUGGGUAAGGAUAUGUUCACUAUGGACUAUCGUUAUCCUCUCUCUGCCUUUCAAGCGUUUGCCAUUUCCCUGAGCACCUUUGAUACUAAAUUGGCAUGUGAAUAAAAGUAGAAAGAUCAUAAGAGGGACUUAAAACUAAUAGGAACCGUUUACGAUAUGCGAGGGUUUGUUUGUUUUUGUUUAUCUGUCUGAUCUGGUGUGUUAGUGAAUGUGAACUUUUGUGGUUGUUUAUCUUCGAAAAGAAAAAAUAAGUGUUGGUGACCAAUGCAUGUAGCACCAUAAGUUAAUGAGAUUUUGUAACGAAAGACGUUGUUAUAAAUAAUUAUGAUGCUAGGACAUAACUUUUAUUGUAUAGCA